GAUUGAGGAGGCGAGACGCAGGGGAGAACAUGAGCUACAGCUGGGAUCAUGGCCCAUCGUGGCGAAACAACUCGAGUUUUGUUGGGUCGCUGAUUCGGGAGACCGCGGAGGAGCGUGAUCGACGCCUGAAACGCGAAAGAGAGCAGCGCGAAGCCCAGGAGGCACAGGCGCGAAUGGCCGAGGCAGCGGCCCUGGUGCAAAGCGAAGCCGCGGCACCACUGCCUCCUUCGUUGGCCCACGAUGACGCCGAACUAGCGGAAAUGCGCGCCGAGGCUGACCGAAUCCGGCGCGUGGUUGACGAGCACGAACGGCGGGCACAAACACAGUGGCAACAUAGCUAUGUAACCGCCCAGCGCGCCGACUUGGAAGAGCUGCAACAGCUUACUGCACGCAAUGAUCAAGAACUAGAGGAGGCAAUGUUGGCCCUCGAUCGGCUCCAACAACGCGAGCGCGAAGAGCAACGUCGGGCUCGUCUUCAGGCAUCACAGCUCGCGCUCCUCGAGCAGUCCAACAACCCCUUGGGGCUGUACGCGCCACACAGCGCUCCGGUGGCCGCCUCUGCACCCUGCGAACCCAGUGCUUCAGCAGAGGCGGGAAAAGUGCCUCCUGGUAAAAUGGGUCUGGGUGAGGAUGGCCUCCCGGCAUACGACCGGGUGCAUGCCGCGGCCGAGCUGUUCAAGCCCCACGUUGACAACUCUUUGGCGCAGGACGCAGAUCCUUGCCUGAGUCAAGCGGCUUGGCCCCUGCCGACAGAGACGCGUCGUUGUGCCUCGUGCUUUGACCCCUUGGUCCCGGUGGCCGGAUCCAACAAGACGCCUCAGCGGGUGGUGCCCAAGGGCAGCACGUUGUACCACGAGCGGUGCUACCUACUGCAGGCUGCGCCGCACUGCGCUCACUGUGGUUGGACCUUGAUUUCCCAUCCCGACCGUGAUCUGAGCGGCGCUUGGGGCACGUACAAGGGCAAGCGCUAUCAUGUUGAGUGCUACCAGUAUUUUGCCGGGCCCCGCUGCAAGUCGUGUUUUGAUGUCAUCUUUGCCAACCCCGCAAAAAACAUUAGCGGGCACUGGAUCACGCUGCCCGAUGGCGGCUUUCUUCACUCGGAAUGCGCCGGUAUUCCGCUAGCCGAGGCUGCGCUGGCGCCGCCGGGCUAUGAUGGCCCCAAGUCGGACAAGUCGGACAAAGGCCCCGGGGGCAGUAGCAGCUUCUCAUUGAGCAGGGAUCUGGGCGACUUGCCCCCUGCUUAUGACACCUAGACUCAAGUGUGUACCGUGUCCUCCAUCGCAACCGCAGGCCUGCUGGGAUGGUCGCUACCCUUGAUGGUGCUCUUGUGACGGAGAACAGUCUUCCCCUGCCCAAGUUUUUUUUUAAAUUUU